UAGUUUGUGGCUCUUUGGCCUGAACAGGUAAUUUGGGAAACUUGCCGGUUAUUAUCAUCCCAGCAACCUGUGAAGAAAAAAAUAAUCCAUUUGGAGAUUCAUCUACUUGCUCUAUAAAUGGAAUGACUUAUGUAUCCCUCUCUAUGUCGAUUGGGGCUGUUUUUGUUUGGUCGUAUGUUUAUAACAUAAUAAGAGCAUACGGGAGUAAGGAUGACGUUGGCACGAAGAUAAACUCAACAAUUGAUGAACAUCAGUGUGAUAAAAGCUCAGAAAUAUUCCCAGACAGCAGUAGAGAAGCUCUAUUAUCGAAGAGUAUUCCAUGCUAUGAGAUCCAAGAAGCUCCAGUUGAGCUGCUUCUUGGAAGCUCUGAGGACAAAACUAAGGUCACAAUAUUUAAGAAGAUAAAUCUGCAGGUGAAUAAGUUGUUGAGAAUUGUUGACCUGACGAUCCUUUUGCGACCUCCAACCAUUGCAACGAUUAUUGGCGUUACCAUUGGAGUUGUCACACCAAUUCAUCGUAUUAUGGUUGGUGAUAAUGCUCCUUUGCGUGUGAUUGCAAAUUCUCUCUCUUUGCUGGGGGAUGCAGCGAUACCAUCCAUGACUUUGAUAAUGGGAGCGAAUCUUCUUAGAGGUUUCAGAAGAUCAACAUUGAGCUUGUGGCUCAUCAUAGGGAUCACUGUAGUUAGGUUUAUUUUCUUGCCUCUUAUUGGGGUCCUGAUUAUUAAAGCUGCACAAUUGUUUGGCAUGGUGGGAUCAGAUCCAUUAUAUCACUUUGUUCUUCUGCUUCAGUAUGCAGUUCCACCAGCAAUGGCCAUAGGUACAAUAACCCAGUUGUUUGAAGUUGGAGAGACUGAGUGCUCAGUUAUCAUGUUCUGGAAUUAUAUCGUGGCAUCAAUUGCGCUGACGUUAUGGUCAACUUACUACAUGUGGAUUUUAUCUUAAAUUCUCUGGUAAACAUACCAGAACUUGGCUCAAGUCCCUCGAUGUGAAAUAUUCUUUCUGGAAUUUGAAUCAAAACUUAAUGUAUCAUGAGUUAAUUAUAGCAAGUUAUGCCACAAGUACCUCUCUCUCUC